AUCGAUUUUAAUUUCAGUUACAUACAAACCUACAUGGCGCAAGGCCCUCCGUCGGCUCUGCUCUGUUCGUAGCACAAGCGACUCCUGCCAUUCGCGUCGGCGCCCUGUUCGCGUCACCAUCGCUCAAGUCCGCCGCCGCAGGCCCCUCCCCUGUUGUUCGUCGCACUCCGCAAUCCCUCAGAACGCUUCUUAGCAUUAACAGUGAAGGAAGCUGAAUUAGAUACCUCAAAACCCUCUAAUUUUCCAAUGGCUUUCCCUCCAUUCCGUCGAUCUCACUUGCGCAGCCACACUUACCAGACCCUUGUUCACAUCUUCUCUCACCUUUCUGCGUACAACACGUCACUUCAAACAAAAACUCAACCCCUCAGCAUUCCUGUUCAAGAUAAUGGAAGUGGUAGAAUUGAGCAAGAGAACCAGGAAAAGGAGCCUAAGUCCUCUGAUAUUGUUGAUUUUGAUUUUGUGGAUCCUGGGGACCCUGUAGGCCAAAAGGAAAUACAGGAGGUCGAGAAGACCAUUGAGGGGGUUGGAGACAGGGAUAUGGAUAUUACUUCCUAUAAGAUGAUCUUAGAUGAUAUAGAACAUUCGAUGGGAAUUGAGGAAAUGUCUACCCAAACAAAUGGUUUUGAUAAGGAGCAGAAGAUAAUGGAAGAGUUGGAGCUGGUUGUGAAAGGUACUGAAGAACUUGUUUGUGAUAGUGGUUUAAUCCCCUCGAACUCGGGAUUGAAUGGGAAAAAUAAUGAUGGCAGUGAAGUUGGGUUGAUGGAACACCAAGUAGAUGAUGUUGAAUUUUUGCAUUCUUGUGUGAACUCAUCUAGAAAUGCCAGUCUGUUGAAAGAACCAGAAGAUCUUAAUCAACUUGUCUCUAAAGGAUUUGAUAUGACUUCAAUGUUUAAUAUGUCCACAUCAACCAAGGGACAAGUUGCUGCACCGGUAAUAAGUGCAUCAAGUUCAAAGCAUGAAAGUCAACAAAAUGAAACAGAAUUGGUGAAAUCUGUUUGUGCCGUAGUAGGAUCUGGUGAAAAGCUAAUUUGUGAGAACAGUGCAACAAAUUCUUCUAAUAUUCUAACAAAAAAAGGAGACAUGGAAGAUGGAGAAAUUUUUGGAGACUUGGGCAUAGAUGGUAAUUCAUUUGAUGCGUCUUCUGCAGAUGCCCUAAUUUUACAACAGAUGGAAGUUGAUGAGGUUCAGAAGCCUGAAAAUGUAUCUGGAAACAUGAUAUAUCCUUCUAAGAUUGAGAAUCAAGAAAAGGAAAAGGGCUAUGACUCUAAUUCCUCUAUGGUAAAUGCACUUCAAGAUGCCAAUAAUAGUGGACAAGUGGAACCUAGAACUAGUGGUGAAAAAGGAAUUUCAUGUGGAGUUGAAGCAGCAACCUCUCAUGAAACUAUUGAAUGUGAGAAGGCAGGUGUGUGUGGUUCUAUUCUAAAGCCCAGAAAUAGCAAAUCUGGACACAUUGCAUGUAAAGGGAUUGAUGGCAUGCUGACAAAUUUAAGUCGAAAUCAAGUCUUUUAUGGAGAUUUAUUGGAAGAAACUGCUGCCAAAAGUCAUGGAAACACAUCUGCUAUUAAGUUGGUUAAUGCCAGUAGAAAGAGAAAGCAUGGUCUUGGAGCUGAGGAGAAGGAAGAUAAAAAUAAGUUGGUUAAUGCCAGUAAAAAGAAAAAGUGUGGUCAGAGUGCUGAAAAGAAGCAAAAAAAAAAGAUAACAUAUAGAAAGAGGCGAGCAGAAAAGAACAGAGAACUGGGUGUUAAAACUUUGCAGUUGCAGCAUGUACAGAAACCGAAAACUGUCUCACACUGUCGCCAUUAUCUCAUGGGAAGGUGCCACGAGGGUGACAAGUGUCUGUUUUCACAUGAUGUAGUGCCUCUAACAAAAUCCAUGGCAUGUGUUCACUUCGCUCGUCACUCUUGCAUGAAAGGGGAUGACUGCCCAUUUGAUCAUCAGCUCUCAAAAUAUCCUUGUAACAAUUUUGUGUCCACCGGUUCUUGUUCCAGAGGAGAUGCUUGCUUGUUUUCACACAAGGUAACAACCAAUGAGGAUAUCCAUAAGCCUUCAAAUGUUUGCAAACCAGGGUUGAAGUCUCCACAUCUGUCAGGACAUGCAAAUUUCAGUACCCCACCUAACAAUCAUGCCUCUAGUUCUGUCCGGCAAAACCACUUUACUAAUUCGGCAGGAAUUCAUUCUCACCUCAAUGAUGAAUGUAAGGUGACAGACAUUCUACAUAAACAACCCACACCACCUAAAGGAAUUAGUUUCAUCAAUCUUGCGAAAUUAUCACCCAGCCUAAGUACACUGAAACAAGGCGCAGUAACAACCAAGGAAAUUCCUGUACACACUCGGGAAGAUCAAACUGCAUCUGACAAAACUCAAAACAAAGUGGAAAUUCCUAAAAAAUUGCCAGCUGUUACACCUAAGGGAGUUAACUUUCUUUCUUUUGGCAAAGGUUCUGUCUGCAGUUUUAAAAGUCCUAUUUGCUCCAAUGCGAAUAGGGAAAAUGGUAUCAAGUUGCCUCAGUUACUCACUUUUGGUUUGCCUGCAAAGGCAAGUUCGUCUCUAAAUAAGGAUGAUCACGACAAAGCUUGUGACAGAACAAAACAAAAUGUACCACAGACUGAUAUAUUCUUAAAUGAGAUUUUAGAAAAAAAACAGUCUGUGGCAGACGGAAUGAAAUCAAAGUUAUCAGAGAAAACCUUGGUAAAUGUUUCUAUGAGGGAUCACAGCCAUAGUAAAUCAGUUCAAGAGGGAAAAGGGUCAUCUAAUAAUUCUCAGAGUUCAAAUGUGACCUCAGCUACACUUCGUCCAUUUGUUUCAAAUCAGUCUUCUGAAGGCCUAUUAUCUGGUUAUCAUAAGCAUGUGUCAAACUCAGCCCAAAGGGCACUCUUAUCAACUUUAGCAUUUGCAUCAGAGCAUGAAUCUGAUAUUAAGAUGAAAUACCCUACUGGUGGUUCGUCAGUAUGAUCAGAGGACUUUGAAAGAAAGUUGUGUUGAAGUUUCCAACUAUGUAGCUCUUGGUGAUUGGAAUCAAGGCACUUCAUUGUAGAUAUUUGAAUGUGCAUUUUUAGCAUGUUAUUCUUUUUCCUUA